UAUACUACACAUUAUGUAUUAUACUACUACCAAAAUCGUGCGCUUAUACCAAACAGCAGUAUUAUAUUUUGGAAGUUUUACUAUUCUGCCUUCAAAUUAUCGUUUGUUUAGUCACUGACGCUAGCAAGAAAGUUAGCUAAAAUUGGUGCUAGCUAGCCAGUGAGGAAACAAGGAAGCGCUCCCUCCCGCCCUUUCCUCCCUUCUUCACCCCUCCCUUCCUUUGAGCAUCCUCUCCUCACUACAUCCUGAGUCAUCUCACUGCUGCGUCCAUCCACAUUGUUUUCUUCUCAGGUUCGUUGUCAUGACCCAGGUGGUUCCCACUCGUCCUGCUGCUUUGACAGCCCUUGCCCCGCCUACCUCGCCCCUGCUGACCAAUCGGAAGGCUUCUCCAUCUCGAAGAUCACCAUCCGGUCACAGGAGCACCCUAGAGCUGUCGGAGGCGUUGCAGGACAAAGAGCGGCGCUCUCGGCAGCAGCUGGAGCGCCGGGGCGAAGAGCGUGAGCGCAAGAUGGCGGCGCAGAAGAGGAAGGAAGAGCAGCGCCGUCUGGCGGCCGAGGAGAAGAGACGACAGCAGCAGGAGGCGGACAAGGAGAGGCUGGAGGCCCUUGUACGCCGGAGAGCCGGGGGCGCAGAGCGGAGGGGAGCAGGAGAAGGAGCGGAGGCCCGGGAGCACCUGGAUAACAGGCCUAAACGAUGGACCUGGGGGGGACCGCCUGACGGAGUGGAGGGUAACCCUAAGACCCCGCCCUGCCACGCUGUUCAGCCUAAUCAGCUCCCCGCUGCUUCAGCUUCCAGUGUCCACCAAUCCCGUCACGUCUGUGAAUUCCUGUCCCCACCCGCCUCAUCCGAUCCACCAAUGAGCAAGCAGCUGUCCAACUCGUCAACGGCCCUCCACUCAACAGAGACAGCUUCCCCCAUCAACAAGCACAGACCUCACAGAAGUUCCUCCAACCGCAGGAGCAUCGCUGCGUUCCCUGAGGAGAUGUCUAAGGCCAAAACGCCCACGGGGGAAAUUCCGAACGCACCAGUUCGUAGCUCAUCUUUUAGAGCCAAUAGUAAGGGUUCCGCUACACCAAAAAGGAUGCGGUCAAACAGGAGCCGGGCCCAGUCGCCCUGCUCCCCCGGCCAGUACCCCCCCUCCCCUCUCCGGCAGAGGGCCACAACUCCUGGCACCGGGGAAGACAGGAGUCACACUGAAGUCAAAGGUCACAGUACCCUGGACAGGAAGUCUGCCAAAUCUGACCACUCUGAAAAGAAAAUCCCCAAAUCCACCAGCAGAGAACUGUGUGCAGAGUCCCCAGGAACGCCCACAGGCCGGAGCGUCGGCGGCACCAUGGAUGCAGAGGAGGCGUCCAGAUUGCUAGCUGAGAGACGUCGCUUGGCCCGAAUACAGAAGGAGCAGGAGGAGCGACAGCGGCUGGAGGAGGAGCAGCUCAGGGCAGAGGAGGAGCGCAGGAGGCAGCAGGAGGCCCGGGAGCUGCAAGAGAGAGCCGCACAGCAGGCGGAGGAGGACCGAGUCCGACGGGAGGAGGAGAGGAGAAGCAGAGAGGAGGAGGAGAGGCGGCAGAAGGAACAGCGAUGGAAGAACAUGCAGGAGCAGCUGGACAAAGAGCGGGAGGAGGCCUUCCAGCGAGCCCAGAAGGAAGCUGAGAGGAAGCAGAGGGAGCGAGAGCAGCUUCACAUCCAGGAGGAACAGGAGCGGCUGCAGAGGAAGAAGAGAAUUGAAGAAAUAAUGAAGAGAACAAGGAAGAGUGACGUGGACGCUCUGCCCGGUGCUGCAGCAUGUGACAUGAAGUCCGAAGCACCGCUCAUCCUGGAGGAUGACGUCCCGACACCCGCCGAGGCCCCCGUUAUCUUACUCGGACCACUGGAGAAUAAGAGCUUUGUGGACGAGUUGUCGGACGGAGUCCAGUCCAUGGACGUGAGUUCUCCGUCUGUCUCCGUCAGUCCAGUGUCCAGGGACGAGCCGGCCAGCGCUCAGGAGUUUUCGCCGGUCGCAGACAGGACAGACAUGAUGGACCUGGACCCGACCCAAGCACCCCCUUACCCCAAGCUGCAGGCCGGCAGCGGUGUGGGGGACCUUAACAAGAACCUUCUCAUCCAAGCGUACAGCACCGCCGCCGAGUCCUCUCAGCUCAUACACAGCAUUGGACCCAGCGAGGUGGACGUGUGAGGAGACGUUCAUCAGCAGCAACAAUCAUUCUUUCCCUCCAGGAACAACUGCUCAUCAUCCACCCUGAUCAGCGUCCUGCUGUUGGACAGAGUCGGACAUCAUUUAGUGAAGACAUCAUGUAGCGUCACAUCUAAACAGCUUCUAAUCAAUGACCUGCAAGCAAGGUCUUCUUAUUUAUGGAUUGAUUAACACACAUUGCGUUGCAUGUGAUAGCUUGAGGGUUUGCUUGAAGGAAAAGUUUUGUUCUCUCGAUGAAUGAAAGAGCUCAGAUAUCGCAUAAGCAGUUGAUCACUGAGGGAAAUCCAGACACGCAGCCUCACUCAUAGGCCAGGUUUAAGUCUAAGACUGUGGAUCGAAGGAGAAAACGUCCACAUCUUUACUGCCACCUGCUUUAAUCAGCAUUAAACUCAUGCUUUGGGACAAGUGUAAAUACUGUAGAUGUGACAGGACGGCGCCUGGAAGAAAAUAAAAAACAAGCGUGUGGCUACGUGACAUGUUAUAGCGGCCGUGCUCGUAGCUUCGUUCCUCGGUGGCUCCUGCGUGUCCCUGUCCACGCUGGUGUUUUUGAUUCGUAGCCUGUAGCUUUACCUCCUCCGCUGCUCGUCACUGGACAUUUUGUGGACACUCCACAGAGGAGGGCAGGAGCUAAAAAUGUCACCUGACCUGUGAUUGGUCAGCGGGCCAGGAAGUGUAUGUUGUGUACUUGUGAGGCACAGACUAACCACGCUAGCUGCAGUGUGCAUUAUUAUUAUUACCACUAGCCCCCACCCCACCACCACCACCACCACCAAAAUAUACCUCACCCGUUGAGAACACACAGCUCAUCACCUCUGAGGCCUUCAACCUCUGUGCUCCAUGACUUGACUUCCCGCUGGAGCUCCUGCUGCAGCACGUGCACCUGUGUUCCAAUAGCGUCCUUGAAAGUAGCAACACAGGAAGUGGAUUUUCUUCUCAGCGGCAUUGCAAGAGCCACCAAGAUAUUCCAUUAGAAGAGCGGGACUAAAAUAACCAUGUGUUGCUUGUACUGGCACUCGUAAGGGAGUCAAACAUCAAGACCACUUCAUGUCUUCUACUACUACUACUACUAGUACCUGCAGCCUGGUUGAAUAUAUCAUUGUAGAUGUAAUGCAUGGAUUACUGCUAAAAAUCACCAAUAAACUUCAUCAAAACCACUUGUGUCAAUGAGGCAUGAUCAGAUUGGACGAUACUGUACUCCAUCUUUUUUAUCAUCUCCAUCAUGUCACUGUUGAUGUUGGAUCCAUCUUUGAUCCAAGUCAAAAUGAGGCUCAGUAGUGGGUGUGGCCUCUGCGAGGUGGCGGAUGUUCUCCUGAGGGUUCUCCUCCCAGACCUGGACUAAAG